AAUUGUCAGAUGUACGUCAGUCAAGAAAUCCACCAAGGUCACAGCUGUGCGCAUGUUUUAUAAAAUAAUCUUAUCCAGUUAAGAGAAAUUAGUCGUGGCGUUUAAUGCUUUACCGUACCUUGCAGUCGUUUUCCAAGUACGUGAACAAAAUGGUUCCUGAAGUUGUAUUUGUGCUUGGAGCGCCCGGAGCCGGUAAAGGUACCCAGUGUACUUAUAUUUCCAAAGAAUAUGGUUUCGUGCAUCUUUCUGCUGGAGAUUUGCUGCGUGAGGAGCGUCAGAGACCGGGCUCGGAGUACGGCGAGAUGAUUGAGGAGAAAAUCCGUAACGGGCAAAUCGUUCCGGUGGAGGUUACGUGUUCGCUGCUCCACAAGGCCAUGCAGAAGUCCGGCAAGUCCCGCUUCCUUAUAGACGGCUUCCCUCGUAACAAAGACAACUUGGAGGGCUGGGAACGCACAAUGUCUGAUAAAACGAAGCUUUUAUUUGUUUUAUUCUUUGAAUGUUCACAAAGUAUGUGCACUGAGAGGUGCUUGGGAAGAGGCGCGGCUGGCAGUGGCCGCUCCGACGACAACCUCGACAGUUUGAAGAAGAGGUUUAACACAUACCUCAAUGACACCAUGCCCAUCAUCCAGCAUUAUGAAGCUCAAGGCUUGGUCCGUAAGAUUGAUGCAGAGAAAUGCCCCGAUGAAGUGUUUGAGAAAGUCAAAGAAGCAUUUGAUGAAAUUGGACUGAAAACUAUAGUAUGUUAACUUAUUAGCCAGUUAAAUAGGUCAAUCUUAUAGGGUAUUGUGGUCAUAUUGAUAUUGGCGUUGUCAUGUGUUAGGAAUUAUAAUUUAUUAAGGUUUCCUGGUGUACCUUUGAAUGUAUACAUACAAGCUUUAACUGCCUGUUAAUCUACUUGAAAUCAUUUAGAUACUUAAGUAUAUUUUCUAAGUGGUCAUGUCUGAAGUAUUGUGAAUAUUUUAUCAUUCAUUCUGCAAUUUUUUUGAAAUUACUGUAUCUAUUAUACUUCUUUAUUAUACAAACAAUGAUGUAUUUCUUAUACUGCCCAGUUUCAACAACUGAAUUUGAAAUGAUUCCAAACUAAGAUUAAGAAAUGAAAAUCUUAAGUUAAUUUUUUGAUUGAGAAAAUUUGAAUGUUCCUUCAUAAGUGACUUAUUA